CUUGCUGAAGCCGGAGCCACGAGGGGGACCAUGGGAGGGACGCAAGUCAAAUGCCUGACUUCCCCCAGUCCUAUCCACAGUGCAAAGAGCGACUCCAUUAUAACCCAGUCGGAGGAGAAGGCAGAUUUCGUGAUUAUUCCCUCUGAAGGAAUAGAGAACAAAACAGAGGAGACAGACUCUCCAUUAUCCCGGGACUGGAGACCAGGCAGCCCCCGGCCCUAUCUGGAGACUUCAUGGGAAGAACAGCUGUUGGAACAACAAGAACAUUUGGAAAAAGAAAUGGAGGAAGCCGGGAGAAUGAUAUCAGGAUUACAGGCCUUACUGCUCAAGGGAUCCUUACCCGAAGAUGAACGGGAGAGGCCCUUGGCCCUCUGUGAACCAGGAGUCAAUCCUGAGGAACAACUGAUUACAAUCCAAAGUCGUCUGGAUCAGAGGAUGGAGGAGAAUCAGGACCUAAAGAAGGAGCUGCUGAAGUAUAAACAAGAAGCCAGAAACUCACAGGGGGUAAAGGAUGCCUUGAAGCAGAGGCUGACUCAGCGGGACACGUCCGUCCUUCAGCUCAGACAAGAACUGCUGAGGGCAAAUGUGGAAGAAGAUGAGCUGCACAACCAGAAGGUGGAUGUGCAGAGGAAGCUAGACGAGAGGAAUUGGCUCUCGGGAGAAUAUAAAAAAGAACUGGGGCAGAAGGACCGCCUCCUGCCCCAGGCCAAGCUGGAGGAAGCACCUCGGAAACUCUCUGAGGCCAUUUACCAGCAGGUGGAUCUGAAGCGGGAGCUGGAACACAAAGACGUGCUUUUUACUCACUGUAUGAAAAGAGAGGCAGAGGAGGUGGCCCACUGCAGCAGUCACAGCCCUCAAAGCAACGGUUUUCUCCUUCCAGUGGCAGGAAAAGGCGCUGCUUCCGUCGCUCACAGAGGGAGCAGCGACCUGCAGCUCGUUCGGGAUGCCCUCCGCAGCCUACGCAACAGUGGCCACGACCCUCAGCACCACACCAUCGACAGCUUGGAGCAGGGCAUCUCCGGCCUCAUGGCGCGCCCGCACGCCAUGGAGACCCAGAGGAAACAGGACAGAAGGGUUCGGGGCAAGUCACCCAGAACUCAAGCAGGUAGUGAAUGCCGGGAGUCCUGGCCCCCGCAUUCAAAGCUGCCUCACUCACAGAGCUCUCCAGCUGUCAGCAGCGCCUGCACGAAGGUGCUCUAUUUCACUGACCGACCACUUACGCCCUUCAUGGUCAAUAUACCGAAGAGGUUGGGGGAGGUGACACUGAAGGAUUUUAAAGCAGCUGUUGACCGGGAGGGAAAUCAUCGGUAUCACAUAAAAGCACUGGAUCCCGAGUUUGGCACUGUCAAGGAGGAGGCUUUCCACGAUGAUGAUGCCAUCGCUGGAUGGGAAGGGAAAAUUGUAGCCUGGCUGUAA